AUGGCGACCAGCUUUGGUUGCACGAAGGACGACGAGGACGACGGAUUGGAAGAUGCGUCGACGACCCGGGGAAACGUCAGGUUUCGAAAUAGAAGAACGUUCGUCGAGUAUGCAAAAAUUCUUCGUAUCGUUUUGGCGAGAUGGAUAUCGAUUUGUAGCCAGCUUCGCGACGAGAAAUUGAACGAGGAAGCGGAUGACUUGAUUUUGCCAAGCAACGAAGAGUGGCGACAUCGUGUCUAUUAUAGAUUGGUUGAAUUGCAAAGAGAAUGCGACGCGGAACUCGUGAUGAAAAGGGCGGGCGAAGCUGAACUGGAAAUGCAAUGCCCAAAAACGGAAACGCAGCCGAUAACGAUCACGGAGUCGAAGGUGGAGGAGCAGAGGAACAACUGGGAAUGGGAACCAGAGGUUUGCGAGUAUGCUUCGAAGGGUAAAACAAGGAAAAAUCGGGUGGUAGAAUCGACGGGGUCAGUGACGAGCGUACGCGGGAUCGUCGGUUCGAUGACGGAAGCCUGUGUUCAGCCGGGUUGGCGCGUCAACGAUAUUUUGUUGGCUGCAAAGGUCCUUCAAAGAGAUUCAACUUCCCCCGCCUAUUCCGACGAGGCCGAGAUGCGUCGAGUAUUCGGACUCGUUUACGACGUACUUAGAUACAAGAAGAUUUUCAGCCGCGCUCUGACGGAGGUACAAUUUUGGCGUCGCAACGUCUCGUUGAAGGAUCGAGAGAGGAUCGUUUGGUUGCUGCUGUACGACAUGCAAGGGAGGAAGUUCGCGAGACGAGGCGAGAUCGCCGCCGUCGAGGAGCGCGAGAACAUGUUUAAAGCUGCUGGAUUGAUGGACAUCGAAAAGGCUCUUCUGGAGGCGAAAACGCAUCUAGCCGCGAGCGUCUCGCGUCUGCGAAUCCGCGGCUCGGCGCUCAGUCUCGACGAGCUGUUGCCGGCGCGUUUGCGUAUCAUCGAGGGCGUCACUUGGGGCAAGGAAGCCGCGGUGGCCACCGGAUGGGUCAACAGCAACAAGAUCCCCGACAAGGCGGAAUUCCUGCAAGAAAUGCUCAAGUUGAAGUUGGUGCAUUCGGAGAACGGGGACCCGACGGAGCUCGAGGACACCGGUUACGUGUUCGACUCGAUUUGCCCAAGGAUGGUCAACUUGCACGAGAAAGCACGGGAGACCGUGGCCGUGUCCAGUCUUGUUCGCGAUCAUCGUUUCGUAUUUCUAGAAAAAUCGUUGUGUCUGGGCGCAGCGGCAUUGGCGCGGGCGAUUCGUGUCGGACGUUUCUGUGGCCCGGUGGUUCUGACGCAUUCGCUUGCUCCUCGACACACGGGAUACCUGGCCGAGUUGCUGGAGGACAUCGAAGACGCCGGCAGACUAUUGGCUUUCGGAGCUGGUGAUCGUUGUUGCGAAUACGAAACGUAUUUAAGAGACCUCGGCGUCACGUUGCAACGGUGUCGCGUGUUCUCAGAAAAAUACUCGUCGCAUCCCGCGAUUGCUGAAUUGGAGAGAGCUACCAUAGUUCUCGCGAUACCGCCGUGCAGCUAUACCGGUGUCAGGGAUAUCGUUGAUCUUGCCGUGGCCCGCGGUGGGGACGCCGAUCUUCUCGAAUCGCUGACGAACGCCUGCGCCACCGAAGACGACCAGGACGAGAUCGAGCAGCCGCGUGCUCUGUUGGCCGAUCAAAUGUCCACUCUGAAAUACGCUUUGACCAGGCCGAACGUUCAGUUUCUCAUAUACGAAGCGCACACGAUCUUGCCCUCGGAGACGACGGAAAUGGUUCAACAAGUGGUCGAUUACGUUAACCGAACGGCCGCGGAGAAGUACAUACGCGAUCAUCCGAAGAAGGCGCCAAAAGAAGGCAGGGAUCCGUCGAAGACGAGCAAGCUGGAAAGAUCGAACGAAACGGGAAAGGACGAUCGUGUGUCUAUGAUUUCCGCGAACAUCAGCAUCCCGGACAGCGAUCUUUUCGAAGUGGGCAGUAUCGACGACAUUUACGGAGAGAACGUCAGUCACAUGCUGGAUCCAGGAUGUUUCCUCGCUGUGAUAAAAAGAAAGGAAAUGAUGCAGUUCGACUCGUUGUUUAUGAUCAAGGUAGCGGAAUCCAAAGGGUUGUUCGGCGAUCCCAACGAACAGCGAGAGACGAAACGCGAACUGCUUCCUCUCGAUCGUUCGUCCCGACGACUCUCGCUGAUUAAUCCACGAAAACGGACGAAACGUUGCAAGAUCGAGAUCGAACGAAUAAUGGCCCACACGCACUCCUCGUUGACGAAAACCAUGCACGAGAAUCCAGUUUGUCCGCGGCAUGAGCGUCGUCAAGCUUGGAGGGACAAUGUUCGGCCGCAGGUACGCGAAAGAAGAAAAUGGAACGGGCGUUAUCGUCGCUGCUAUCGAACGAACGCGAUCACGAUCGUGACCGAUUCUUUCGACGACGCGUCUUCCUCGCAGACCUUCAAACUCCCGUAUCCGUGGACUAUAGUGACGCCUCGACUUCCACUGAAACUCGAUAAUCGUCGAACAGUCGUGACCGAAUGCGUUCGGAUCCGGGACUCGAUUAAAAAUCCAUUUAAAAAACGCGCGCGAUUCCAGUAUACUAGUAUCGUUGUAGUACUAGGCCCAUCUAGUGGAUACUGCAAAACAGAAAAAAAGACGUUGCAAAGUUUCCGCGACGUCGAACGUUCGUACAACUGGCAAAACCAGAUGGAGAGCGUGAAUCGCCUAAGUGUGCCCGUUCGCGCGAAAUCGUCGCGAAAAAAGGCAGUUUUGCGGAUUACGUUAAAGCAGGAGUUGCGAGAGAUCUCCUCGUCGUCCUCUACGAGCGUGUCUACGGCUCGUUCCGAAGUAAAUGCGUUCACAGACGGAACAGUAUCGCGACAAGAGGAAACCUCGUCCGUGCUAAUUAACUCGUUCAGCAUCGAACCUUUGAUACGUCGCGGACUUAAAUACUCCGAUGACCUGUCGAGCACGAUUCUGCGAUCACCGAUUCUGGCUCGAGCGCUACGACGCAUUCCGCUGGAGAACGACGUCGAGGAAUCUGAGGAAGAGGACGUCAACCUACACCCGAAAACUAGUACCUGGUGGGGAGUGUCGAGAAGAACGUCGCGACUUCUUCGUCCAGGCGGUUCUAUCGAACAUGCUCGACUACCUUAUAGUUAUCGGUUAGAAGCCACCACGGACCGUCCGAUUUCUUCUUCGCGCGAUUUCUAGUUCAUUUUAGAAAUCUCGAUGAUUGUUCAAACGAAUCAAAUAAAAUAAAUGCGACAACUCUG